AUGGCGAGUCUGGGGUGGCGUUCCGGCGGCAACACUCCGGACGUCGGCCUGAGCGAGAUGACGCUGGUGCUGGACGUGAACCCGUACGUGCGCUACCCGCUGGUCAGCUUCAACAUCCUCUUCUGGCUGCUGGGUCUCGGCUUCAUCUUCACGGGCGUCUACGCCUACUUCGACGCCUGGACCAAUCCUCCCGCGUCCGGCAGGUUCAAGCUGGACUACAACAUCUACAGGCACGUAGAGUCCUGCGCUUCAUCGGCGCCUUUAUCCGUCAACGAGUUGAUGAACUACGGGCGACGCAGCGUGAUGCUGGUGAACAUCGAGACGACGGUGACGGUGGUCGGCGUGGUCCUGGUGUCGGUGUCCUUUUGCGGCUGCGUGGGCGCCCUGCGCGAGAACACCUGCCUGCUGAGCACCUACUCGCACGUGGUGACGGCCCUGCUGCUGCUGAACCUCAUCCUGGGCCUGCUGGUGUUCUUCCUGCCAUCGCAGGUGAAGCGCACGCUCCGCUCCACGCUCAGCAGCAACCUCGUGCUCCACUACAGGGACAACCCGGACCUGCAGUGGAUCAUCGACAGCAUCCAGGAAGACCUCAAGUGCUGCGGCCUGUCGGACAAGAGCUUCCGCGACUGGAACGACAACAUGUAUUUCAACUGCUCCCGUUCCAACCCGAGCUACGAACGCUGCUCGGUGCCUCACUCCUGUUGCAAGCGCAACGACUCCCAUCAAGUGGUGAGCCUGUUCUGUGGCCGGGGCGUGCUGAACCAGACUGACUAUGACGCGUGGGAGUCGGUGUACAUGGGUAACUGCAUCGACGCCACACAUCGGUACCUGCGCGAGAACGUGACCCUCAUCACGGGCAUGUGCCUCGUAUUUGUCAUCCUGCUCGCCUUCGUGCAGAUGGUCACGCAAGCCCUGGUGGACGAAAUCAAUGUCAUACGUAACAUCUACAAUAGGUUCUACGAACGAGUCUACGACAUGCGGGAGGCAGAGCGAAUCACCGAGUAGUGACGGCCACUCAAGGGCAGAUGCAGGUGCUUCCAGAUUCUACCCCUCUUUUCCCAGAACAUGUCCCUCUGAAUCCGCCACUGCAGCCGCUCGGGACAAAGCGUGUGUAUCAGUACUGUCGGGUUCGACUCGAGUUAAGGCACGUAACACUGUUUAUUUAGGGUCUUUACGUGGUUACAUAAUAUGCACAUCUUGCUCACUCGAGCAAUGACCCAAAAGGUCGGCCGCUCUCGCUAGAGUUCACCUGGUGGCGCCCUCCCGUUGCAAUGGUGCACACAACAAAUGCCAUAUAGAAGGCAAGGUCUUUUCUCUCUCCCCCA